CGAUCGGAGCCAGUUGCCGAUGCAGCGACAGUCCGAUCUCCGCGCUUAUCGAGCCUCUUAGCCGCGCGCACCACGAGGAGAUCUCUUGCACUAGCACGCGAUACGGAAGGAGUUGGAAGAGAAAUCGGCCUCGAUUCUAGGUCAGUGCGCCUUGGGAUUGCCAGGCUUUGUGCCCCGUUAAAUGGCCAAGAGAGCCUUCGGGGUCACGCGAUGCAGGGCCAAUUAAUUGGCUGUGUAGCGAGUAACCUUUGCGAGUGACGAAUAAUUCAUUACGGCUAGUAGUUGUAGACAGUGCAAGAGUUCGUGGGGUUGCGAGCAUUGGUAACUGGAUAGUGUAAGGGUUACUCCGACCUAAUGCCGACAAACUCAUGUAUUUUGAUGCGCACGUAGAGUCUCGAUAGAGAGAUGGAAACUUUCCUCCAGUCGUCGCGCCCUCCCAACGUCAUCCCCGCAGAUGCUUGAAACUCGUUAUGCUUUUACAGGCGUGAGACAGGCGUAAUUGGCGGGAGCACCCCCGUGAGGCGGAGCAGCUACAACAGCGGUACCAGCAACGGCAACAGCGGCGAAAAUGCCGAGCAGCAAGACGCGGGUGGCGAUAAUUGGCGGCGGCGUGGCCGGUCUCGUCGUCGCGAGGCACGCGACCUCCCGCCCGGAGAUCUACAGCGUCAGCCUGUUCGAGCAGACCGGGCAGAUCGGCGGCACUUGGGUGUACACCGACGAAACCGAGACGGACAGAAAUGGCCUACCCGUGCACAGCAGCAUGUACAAGAACCUAAGAACCAAUUUGCCGAAGGAAAUUAUGGAGAUUCCGGAUUUUCCUUUCAAGGACCGUCAAGGUCCAUCCUUCGUUCACCACAGCGUGAUUCGACAGUAUCUUUUGGACUACUCCAAGCACUUUAAUCUUUAUCCACAUAUCAAGUUGAACACGUUGGUGAAUCACGUGGAACCGGAGAAGUUGUCGAACGGUCAGGUGAUUUGGUCGGUGACCUACACAGAUCUAGCGACACGCGUCCGGACGGUCAAAACCUACGACGCGGUCGUCCUUUGCAACGGCCACUACACCGUCGGCCACGUCCCGCCGAUCCCCGGCAUCGAGGGUUUUAAAGGCACAUCCUUACACAGUCAUCAGUACAGGCUGCCCGAGAACUACUCCGGUAAGAAUGUGUGCAUACUGGGCGCCUCCUGGUCUGGAAUUGACAUCUGCAUCGAGGUUUCCAAGCACGCCAGAAAGAUUUAUUUAAGUCAUAAUCUACCAGAACAAUUGGACACGAAAAUGUUAAAAAACGUGGAACAGAGGUUUGGCAUUGAUCACAUAAAUGAGAAUUCGUUCAUUUUCCGCGAUGGAUCAUCUGCUCAGAUCGAUGUACUUAUCUAUUGUACCGGUUACAACUUCACCUAUCCUUUUCUGUCAUCCAAAGUCGAGGUACGUACCGACAACAAUCACGUUGAGCCAAUUUACAAGCAUUUAGUUCAUAUGGACUGGCCCAAUCUCUUCUUUAUGGGCUUACCUGCUAUCGUUGUACCCUUUCCAAUGUUUCACAUACAGACACAGUAUAUUUUAGGAUUAAUUGAAGGACGCGUUAAGCUUCCGAGCUCAAAACAAAUGUACGAAGAGUAUGAAUUGGAAAAAAAAAGUCUAUUGGAGCAAGGAAUUGCUAUAAGACACAUCAACAAAAUGUCCGACCGACAGUGGGCGUAUUACGAUGACAUUGCCAAAGCGGCCAAUAUCGUGGGCUUUCCACCGGUUGUCAAGAUGAUCUACGAUUAUUGCUGUAAAAUGCGCGAGGAAGACUUCACCACGUACAAGAAUUAUCAAUUUCGAAUUAUCGAUCGCGAGAAUUUCACAGUCUCUUGCUGCAAGCCACGUUAGACUUCGCAAUUGAUGACUUUCAUUACAGUGAUCGAUCGGUGUAUAAAGAGAUUUUAAUGUGUUGUAGAGUGAGAUGAAAUUUCUUUAGGAAAUAUUAUUGGGCUGAGCAUGAGAUGAUGCAUGCACGACUAAAGAGCUCGAGAGUCAAAUAUUUGUUUUUUGGCAUUGCCGAUUCAAU